AUGAACUUUAGCACAAACGCCCGUUGCGGCAGUCACACUAGCAAAGAAAACAUUCCAGCUUCAAGCAAAAUAGAUGCACCGCAGGUCCAGCGAGCCAAGCAGCGGAAAGUCCUCGGGGUGUUGUCAGAAAAUGAUCAGCGUGGUCGAUCGCUCAGCCAGGGAAGCCAAUUUUCCAAACCCAGUUCAAUCUCAGACAGCUCCCAGCUCACCUUCCUUGGCUGUUCCUCCACUUCCAACUAUGACGUGUAUGUUGAGGAGGCUUGUGAAGUUGUUCUUGCGGUUUCCGGUCAAGAAGUGAUCUCAGACAGCUACUACCGAGAUGCUGACACUGCUGCACUGCAACAUGAAGACUUGAGACUCCUGCUGGAACUGAGUUCAAGUUCAUGCCAGGAUGCUUCUAUGCAAUCUGUAGCAGAUACAUCCUUGAUGUCAGAGGAGGUGCUUUGUGUUUCAGAGUAUGCAGAGGACAUUCACCUGCACAUGAGGGAGAGUGAAAUGAGGACCAGGCCGAAGCCAGGCUACUUAGAAAGACAUCCAGAGAUCACCAACGGCAUGCGGGUCAUCCUGGUGGACUGGAUGGUGGAAGUAGUCCAGGAGUACAAGCUUCGUUCUGAAACUCUGCAUCUAGCUGUCAACUAUUUGGACCGCUUCCUCUCCUGCACAGAAUACGUGAAACGGGCCAAGCUGCAGCUGGUCGGCACAGCUGCAUUGCUGAUUGCUGCAAAAUAUGAGGAGAUCUUCCCUCCGGAGCUGAACGAGUUUGUGUAUACCACAGACAACACCUACACUAAGAAGCAACUGGUCCGGAUGGAGCAUGUUUUCCUAAGAGUGCUGGCUUUCAAGAUGGUAGCCCCCACCACAAACCAGUUCCUACGCCUUUUCAUGUCCAUCCACUCUGUCUGUGCCUACACAGAGAACCUUGCCCUUUAUGUAGCAGAGUUAAGCCUGCUGGAAAUUGAUCCAUUCCUACAGUACACCCCAUCUAUCGUGGCAGCUGGAGCCUACUGCCUAGCCACUUACACUGUAAACAAAUUUCUCUGGCCUGAUUCCUUACAUGCCUUUACUGGCUAUCCCACGGCUACAAUUGUGCCAUGUGUGACUGACCUCCACAAGCUAUACAUGAGUGCAGAGAAUCACCCACAACAGGCCAUCAGGGAAAAAUAUAAAACUUCAAAGUAUUGUGGCGUUUCAUUGAUCACUGCACCUGCUGUUCUGCCUUUCCUAUGA